AUGGAUUCCGCUUAUGUUAUCACUCAUGAGCAACAUCUCUUCUUCGAGGAGAAUGGUUACUUGAUCAUCACUGAUGCUGUGAGUGAACAAGAGAUUAAGGACCACAAAGUAUGGGCACAAGCUGCACAUGUUCUCCCACGAGUCAAAGAGGCUUGUGAGUAUCUUCAAUACGAUGAGAUCAACAAGAAGGGAGAACGUGUGCUGUGUAGAGUUGAAAACUUCACAACUGCUGUACCAGGCUUUGGCUCACUGCUUCGUGGUAUAAAGCUUGUUAGUAUCGUUAGUCAGUUGGCAAAUGGCCAAAUGGUCUUGUUUAAGGACAAAUUGAACUACAAGUUUGCUGGUUCUGGCGGAUUCGCUGCACAUGUUGAUCGUGCUGGCUAUGGUGCCUUCAGAAACCUUAAGCACUUGUCUAUUGCCAUCGCAAUCGACCCAGCCAACCAAAAGAACGGUGGUAUGGAGGUGGUUUCUGGUAGCCACAAGAUGGAGAUUUCAAUCAGUGCCGACAAAACUCUCGAGAAGAGUUGGGUCAAGUCUCAAGAAUGGAUCCCAGUUAACCUUGAAGCUGGUGACAUCCUCAUCUUCGGAACCUCUUUCGCUCAUAGGAGUGGACCCAAUAAUAGCACCGAUGAUCGUCGAGUUCUCUAUGCUACCUACAACCGUGCAGUAGAUGGCGACAACCACGACGCGUAUUAUCUUGAGCGUGCCAAGAGAUAUCCAUCUACCCACCACCGAGUUCCCGGCGUUGAUUACAUCAAUGGUUCAAAGGAUUAUGCGUAUGGUACACCAAUGCUUACAAUUGAAAGAUUGGUUGAGCCAACAGUUACAAAGGAGAAAGACGGCGAGAAGGCAUCUUCUGACUGA